GUAGUAUCUGGGAAGCAACACAGCCAAGAGCUAGCUAGUUGUUGAAGUCUAUAAUAUAUCAAAGAAUGGGAAGCACUCUCUUUCGUUUAUUCAUGAUUCUUCUUGUGCUUUCUCACCUUUUAUGCUUGAGAGCAGUUCCUUUUACAAGAACUGAAAACAUCAUGCAAAGCUCCAAAGUUCACCUUAGUCCGGAGAGUAGCCACAAGGUUAUUAUCACUGAGAAAAACUGGCAAUGGGAGGAGCCAACUAUAACUGAGAGGGUGGAUUUGGAACUCCAUGAUUAUUCCCCAUCAGGGCCUAAUGGUCGUCACACUCCAAGAGCACCAUAGUGUGGGGAAUGAUAGUUCCUUUAGGUUGCUAGAAGGUGCCCUCUAUGUAAUACAAUCUUUUAUAAGUAGCAUAAGUGGUGAAUUCUAGAGGCAGUUAUGCAUGAUGAGAGAAAGGACUAACUAGAUU